AUGGCGCGACCAGCAACUUAUUACAACAAAGCCGCUCUGAAUGAGUUUGUGACGCUUCCAGUCUCCCGUGAGAUGAUUCUAUACCUUGCCCAGCAAGCUGCACUGGUCAUCCGAUGCGAGGAACAUGUUACUCCGAUGAGCUUGUCACAACCUAAACCUCUAACACCUCCGACAACCCCCCCUCUCGAUGCCUCGGAGAAGCCGGUGCCUCAGUCGCCACCUCUCCCAUCGCUGGCUGAGUUUAUCUGCUCGAUUGUGAACCGAUCCCACGUCGAAGUUCCGACUUUGAUGUCUUCCCUGGUAUAUCUAGGCCGUCUACGCGCUAAGCUCCCUCCCAUGUCCAAGGGAAUGCGCUGCACAGCCCACCGCAUCUUCCUGGCGUCCCUAAUCCUUGCGGCUAAAAAUCUGAACGAUUCAAGCCCGAAGAAUAAACACUGGGCUCGCUAUUCGGUUGUGAAGGACUUCAAUGACUUCGGAUUCUCUCUCCCCGAGGUCAACUUAAUGGAGCGCCAGAUGCUCUAUUUGUUGAAUUGGGAAACUCGUGUCACCGAACAGGAUCUCUUGGAAUAUCUCGAGCCGUUCCUCGCGCCGAUCCGCGUGCGUCUUCAACUCGAAGGUGAAAAGGAAAUGCUUCAACUUAAUGAAUUCGAUAUGGAUGAACAAAGCGACGACUUCUCAACCGACCCUAGCGAAGACUUGAUGACUCGGCUUAACACGUCCAUGCUCGAGGGCCAUCGCACUGGCCAAAAGAGAAACCCUUCACCUUACCGAUCAGGCCGAUCAAUCUCACCUCCGUCAAUCAAAGAUCUGCCUCCACUGUCCCGUGGCGAAUCCAGGGCGCCCAGUUCAUCGUCUCGCUCGUCUAGCUUGGCUCCAAGCUCUCGGGGCACACCUGCCAGCAUCGGCCAACUCGCUUACGCCAGUGACGAUGUUCUAGUAGCAGAAACUCAUGCCAGUCCAGCCUCAAUGGCCUACAGCUACGUUAACAUAAAUGCAGUUCACCCGAAGCCCAAACCACAACAGCGACAUCCCCUCAGCUCGAUGUCCGGCUACCAACAGCCUGCCAAAAAGGUGAAAACGGCUAACGGAUCCAGUAGCGGCGGCGGCGGCUUCAUAUCGAGGUUUUUCAACUCCGCUGCGAGCAAUUACAAGGGCGGACGGGUGUCGCGAGCCCCCGGACGGAUUUAA